UGCUGGAUGUAGAAGGGGAGUAGGACGUGCGCUCGGAAAAUGCCUCUGAGGGACAAGUGUUGCCAGACUGACCACCACCACCAUGGAUGCUGUGAGCCAGUGCAUCUGUUGGAACCUGGUGAUCCUCCGUUACUACAGCAGCCCCUGCAAACAUCAAAAUCUGGUAUUCAACAAAUCAUUGAGUGUUUUCGAUCAGGAACAAAACAACUUAAACAUAUCUUGUUAAAAGAUGUGGACACCAUUUUUGAGUGUAAAUUGUGCCGGAGUCUCUUCAGAGGAUUACCAAAUUUAAUUACCCAUAAAAAGUUUUAUUGUCCUCCAAGUCUCCAGAUGGAUGAUAACCUCCCAGAUAUAAAUGAUAAGCAGAGUCAAGCCAUAAAUGACCUCCUGCAAGCAAUCUAUCCAAGGGUGGAUAAACAAGAAUAUGUAAUUAAAUUGGAACCUAUAGAAACUAAUCAGAAUGCUGUAUUCCAGUACGUAUCAAGGACUGAUAGCCCAGAUGAGAACACAGAAAACAGUACUACUCCUGAUCAAGCUCCAGUACAGGUACAGGAACCCAGCGCUGAGCAACCCAAGACUGUUGCAGCUCCAGCCCCAGACCCAGCUGGGGACACUGCAGAAUUACCUCCUGCUGAUCCUGUUGUGAACAAGGUGAUGGCCACUCCUGAAGAACAGCCUCCAGCAGUAAAUCCUGAGAUGGACUCUCUGGAUAAUUCUGAUUUUGGCCACCAGUUGAUAUGUUGCCUUUGUAGGAAAGAAUUUCAUUCCAGACGCAGCGUACGCCGGCACAUUCGAAAGGUGCACAAAAAAAAGAUGGAAGAGCUAAAGAAGUACAUAGAAACAAAAAAGAAACCAAAUAAGUGCUCUGCGAAAGGACGAAAUAAGAAUGUUCUCGUAUCACUAGGUAGAAGUUGUCCUGUAUGCUAUAAAUCAUUUGCUACAAAAGCCAACGUACGGAGGCAUUUUGAUGAAGUUCAUAGAGGAUUAAGAAGGGAUUCCAUUACUCCUGAUAUAGCUACAAAGCCUGGGCAACCUUUGUUCUUGGAUACAGUUUCUGCUAAAAAAUCUUUUAAGACCCGAAAACAAAAGUCGUCUUCAAAGGCUGAAUACAAUUUAACUGCAUGCAAAUGCCUUCUGUGCAAGAGAAAAUAUAGUUCACAAAUAAUGCUGAAAAGGCACAUGCAGAUUGUUCACAAGAUAACUCACUCUGGAAAGAACUCUAAAAGAGAGAAAGGACCCAACAAUACUGCCAAUGGCACAGAAAUAAAAGUAAAAGGUGAACCAGCAGAUUCUGUAGAACCUUCACCCCCUUCCAUUGCCCUUUCUCCGCAGAAUGAAUUAAAGGGAACAAAUCAUUCAAAUGAGAAAAAGAGCACACCGUCAGCGCAGAAAAAUAAAGUUAAACAGGACCCUGAAAACCCUAAAUCAACCACUAAGUCAACCUCUAAAUCAACCACUAAAUCAACCUCUAAAUCAACCAAUGCAUCUGCUGCAGGUGGCCAGCAAAAAACCAGGAAGCCAAAACUUUCAGCUGGCUUUGACUUCAAGCAGCUUUACUGUAAACUCUGUAAACGCCAAUUUACUUCCAAACAGAACUUGACAAAACACAUUGAAUUACACACAGAUGGAAAUAACAUUUAUGUUAAAUACUACAGGUGUCCACUCUGCUCUUACGAAACACGUCGCAAACGGGAUGUGAUAAGGCAUAUAACUGUAGUUCAUAAAAAGUCACCACGCUACCUUGGGAAAAUAACUGCAAGUUUAGAAAUUAGAGCAAUAAAAAAGCCAAUUGAUCUUGUUCUAAAUAAGGUGACAAAAAGAGGCCCUCAGAGGGAUGAAACAAAACAGAUUAGUUCAAAACAGGAUGUCACCUCUAAUUCUCCCAAUAAAAAGUACGAAGGGGCUGAUGUUGGCAUUGAAGUAAAAGUAACAAAAAACUUUUCUCUGCACCGAUGCAAUAAAUGUGGGAAGGCGUUUGCCAGAAAAGCUUUUCUAGAACAUCAUAAGAAAACCCACAAAGCAAAUGUAUCUCAUUCACCUGAAGAGAAUAAAACCAAAGGCAGAAGUACAAGAUCUAAAGCUGUUGUCUGGUGA